AUGGCAGUGGAUGCGGAAGGCAGAGCUGGUGGACUUCUAUGUGUAUGGAAUCCAAAGGUGUUUCAACUAAAUGCUUGUUGUGGCAACCGAAACUUCAUUCUCAUAUCAGGUACUAUCUUUUCAUCUUUUAGUUGUGUGGUGGUAAAUGUGUAUGGUCCUACGGAUGUGGUCAAAAGGCAAGAAGUUUGGGCAAAUUUUGCUCUGUUGAAGAAUCAUUUCUUGGGGCCAUGGUGGAUGGGGGGUGAUUUCAACGAAAUAAGGAACACUGAUGAACGGAUUGGGUGUUCUAGAAGAGACCGAGGAAUGAGGGAUUUUAAUUCUAUGGUAGAACAACUAGAGAUGAUUGACUUACCAAUGCUAGGGAGGAAAUUUACCUGGUGCAACUCACAAACAAGGGAGAAAUGGAGUAGGAUAGACAGAUUUCUACUUAAUCAUGAGUGGCUUCAGAACUUCAAUCUCAAGGUAUGGGGACUACCUAGGCUGUUAUCUGAUCAUUGUCCUAUAAUAUUGAUGGAGGAUGAUCGUGAUUGGGGCCCUAAACCAUUUAGGUUUCUGAAUGCUUGGGUUCUCCACCCUAGCAUCGUACAUUUAGUGCAGCAAACCUGGUCAGAAGCUCAGGUGGAAGGAUGGGCUGGCUUUAGAUGUCUCAUGAAAUUUAAAGCUUUGAAACAAAAAUUAAAAGUCUAG